AUGCACAAAACAAUCUGCAAGUCUCCAUUGAACAAAGCGGACUGGCGUCCUGCAUGGGACUGCGAAGCCCGUGAACCUGCAUGGGCCACGGCCGCAAAUUAUUUCCAUAAUCCCUUUGGGGAUUCAAAGUAUCUAUGGGGAAACGCACCAGCCAUAGACGUCCUGCAACUGGAAAAAAAUGAGGGACCUCGUUAUCCAAAGGACAUUGCGCUCUUAUUUGCUGCCUCGGGAGACUUGCGAAACGUAGUGAAAACUAUCGCAGACCUCCCCGAUUCGUUUGAACAAAAGCUUCAUGUGUCAAUCAAUGACCGAGAUAAUGUGGUCGUUGUGAGGAACGUUAUCUUGCUUCUUCUAGCGCUCAGCGCGAGUGAUACAGCUUCAUCCGAGGCAGGCAAUGUCCAGGAUAUCUCCGAAGCUUUGAUUCAUCUCUGGUAUUCCUCUUUCAUCCCAGAAAGAGUACUUGCCCAUUUACAAAAGACAGUUAGACCCCUCAUUGGCGAUGCUUGCGACGAAGCUUCCAAUUUACAGCCUGGCGCGUUGAUGAGCAAAACCUGGCAUUUCGCAUCCCAGAAAAGUUUGCGUGUUGAACUCAGGCGAGAGGAUUGGCUUAGGGUCAAAGACUUCUGUGGAGUUCCCGAGACACUAACAUACGAAAAAGCUAGGGCUGCUCGUAUCUCGGUCACUCUCGCCCCUCAACGAAAGGACUAUCUGGAAAGAUGGCAUUUCAAAGAGCUAUCACCUUCAGUGCGUGUUGCAAGGCAACGUUUUCGGGAGGAUGGUUUACUUUUGCCGUUUGGGCACUCCCGAAGAGGAUUUCAUAUUCCAAACCCAACCCUAUUUUAUGAUGAAGCGACCUGGCCGAUGGACGACAAGGCAGAUCCCUUAACAGGAUGGUCUAUCCAGGAAGUGUAUGGUACAAAGACCAGUGCAGCUAUGGAUGUGUAUGGCAAGCUCUUUGUGCACCUCCGAAAGGUGGUGAAGAAGUUUCUCGACCGACUUACUAUUCUGAAUGUCGAUUUUGAAAUGGUCAACAUCGACGCAAAAGAGCUUCCGCUGCAUCUUGCGAAGGACCAUUAUACGCGGAUUGAGGUUUCCAACAUUUGCGAUGCUGGCUACCUCGGGAUACGGGCGACACUUACAGCAUUGGCACCGCUUCUACAGCCACCCGAGAGGAAUCCAAAUGCCACGCUCAUCACAUUGUUUCUCAAUGCAGUGAUGGAGAUUGCGAAAGCGAAUGGCGAAAAGGAUUCCAUAUCAAAUAUGAAUCUGCUUCUGGAAUAUUUACCCAGACCGGACUGGCUUUCACUUGCAAAGCCACAAGGCGCGGAUAUGAUGAGACUAUGGGAUUCCCGAGCUUUGGCAAUGGAUGUCAGAAAACACUUCCAGAAGUACAUGCAGGUUCACAAAUUCACUAGAGUCGCCGCCGACUUGAAGGUUGAUUUCAAAAAACGCAAUACCAUCGUCGAAGAGUGGCCAACGCAGUUGAAGCUACAACUGAAGCAAAAAGGUGCCGUUGAGGAAUUCCGCACUCUUUUAGGAUCUAACUUUUCUGGCCUUGAGCAUUAUGUUGAAUGGAGGAGGACGGUAUAA